GCUUCGUAAUAUAAGAACUCGAUUUAGAAAGUAGAAAGAAGAAAGAAGAAAGAAGAACUAAUUUCCUAAUUCAAUCUAAAAGCAAACUCCGAUAAUAGCCUGAAGAGAAAAGACUUCUCAAAUCUUUUUCUUCUUCCCAGCUUUUAUAAAAUCACACGAUCUUAGUGUUUUCUUAUCUGAAAAAAAGGAGGAUAUAAUUUUUUAUAUUUUUUUCCCGGGAAAUUGAAACUCCUCCUUCUGUUUCAAGUCCUUUUUUCCUCCACGUUUCUAUCAUUUUUCCCGUUAGAAAGGCGAUCACGAUCUUAGUUCUCUCAGAGAAAGCAUAGAAUCAUUUGCUCAGAUUUUUUUAGUUCAGUUAAAAAGGCGGAGGUGAUUUUCUCGUGAUUUUGGGUCAUUUAUAAAUACACUUUCAAUUUACACGAGAUCUUGCUCAGUUGCUCACAAUCAUCCUUCUAUUCAGAAUUGACAACUGAAUACCUGCUAAAUAAUUCUCAAAGGCUCUUGCAAUCUGAAUUGGCCAUAAUUUUGUUGUGAAUAUACAGUCAGACGAUUUAAAUAGAAUGGGGAUCUUUACACGCAGUAAAGUUAGUAGAAAGCCAAAUGAGAGCAUGAGGCUUAUCAUAACAACAUUUGUUGGAGUAGUGUUUGGUUUCUUGAUAGGAGUAUCUUUCCCAACUCUAUCAUUAACAAAGCUGAAUCUAUCAUCCAGCAUUCUUACUAGCAUUGAUUUCUCAUACACUCAGUACAAAAAUUCAGGCCCCUCAAAUUCAACUCAUGUGCCACCUCCAAUUGGUAAUAAUGGCAGCUCUGCUAAUGUCACGUCAAAGAAGAUUUGGGUCCCAUCAAAUCCUCGAGGUGCAGAAAGACUAGCACCAGGAAUUGUUAGAGCUGAGUCAGACUUAUACUUACGCAGAUUGUGGGGCAAACCUAGUGAGGAUUUGACCAGCACGCCAAAGUAUCUUGUCACAUUUACUGUUGGUUAUAAUCAACGAAUGAAUAUUGAUGCAGCAGUUAAAAAGUUUUCAGGGAAUUUUACUAUCCUUCUAUUUCAUUAUGAUGGUCGAACAACUGAAUGGGAUGAGUUUGAGUGGUCAAAGCAGGCAAUACAUGUGAGUGUUCGGAGGCAAACCAAAUGGUGGUAUGCCAAGCGGUUUUUGCACCCUGACAUCAUCGCACCAUAUGACUACAUAUUUAUCUGGGAUGAAGACUUGGGGGUUGAGCAUUUUAAUGCAGAAGAAUACAUUAAACUGGUGAGGAAGUAUGGGCUGGAGAUUUCACAGCCUGGCCUGGAACCGAAUAAAGGUUUAACCUGGCAAAUGACAAAGAGAAGAGGUGAUCGUGAAGUUCACAAAGAAACAGAGGAGAAACCGGGCUGGUGCAAUCAUCCACAUCUUCCUCCUUGUGCAGCGUUUGUUGAGAUAAUGGCUCCUGUGUUUUCACGAGAUGCAUGGAGAUGUGUAUGGCAUAUGAUUCAGAAUGACUUAGUCCACGGCUGGGGUCUGGAUUUUGCCCUCAGAAAAUGUGUAGAGCCCGCACAUGAGAAGAUUGGAGUUGUAGAUUCUCAGUGGAUUGUUCAUCAAUCUGUUCCCUCUCUUGGGAACCAGGGAGAGGCACAAAAUGGGAAGGCAGCGUGGCAAGGGGUAAGGGAGAGAUGCAAAAAGGAAUGGACUAUAUUUCAAACGCGGUUUUCAAGGGCGGAAAAAGCAUACUUGAAGGAGCUAAAUUCAACAUCUCAUUAACAGAAGAGCAACACUAGAAACCUGACUGUAUACAUUCAUUAUUACUAUUACACCUACUUAGAUUUUUUCUUCUUUUUCUUCUUCACAUAAAAUUUGUAGAAUCCAACAUUAUAUUUGUAACAAUUAUUGACUAAUAAUCACAACUCUUGGGUCCUCAAAUCACAAUAAUAAUAAUAAUAAUAAUAAUUAUUA